AUGGCGCACAGAGACGACUCCAGCGUACCGUCAAGCGAUGCUCACCAGCGCAAUCUUUCGACGGCCAACAAUGCCUCCACUGAGGAAGAUACGGCGACUGCAUCUACUAUAGGCGAGGCUCCUCGCCCAAUCCGCCUGUAUCACGAUAUGGUCCUACCGCCGAACGCGAAAAUCGAUCUUACAGCCACUUCACCGAUCGAAAUCGCACCGGAAAUCCUCAUAUCCGCUGCCACGCCUAUUACGGUCACUACAACAAGAAGAGCCGAGAUUUCUCCGAACCAAGAGUUGGGCCCGGGAUUCGCUGUCGGCUGGAAUAAGCUGCCGGAUGAGCUAAAGGUCAUGGUGCUUUCCUUCAACAUCAAAUGCGACUUGAGGCCGGAAAACUUCUACAUCAGAGGCUGUUAUAAAUGGCACCAGUCAUCUGACUUCUGUGUCUGCGUCGAGUCACUAGAGAUCUUCUACAGCAAAACCACUUUCGAACUUCUGCCAGAGGAUUCCAUGGGAGCGAUCCGCCAGAAUACUCCCAUGGGAUGCUUGAAAUAUCCUAAUCCGUCCGUCAACUGGUUCAUUCGGAAAGUGCGGAUGACAAUUCACCUGACGCCGAAGUAUUGGGCACGGCUUAAAAUUUUCGCAACGGGAGUUUACGGCUUCGAGAACAUGGAAUGCGUCCAUGUCGUCAUCAGCUGGUGCUAUCCACAUUUCGCGGCCCCUUCCACGUUCUCUAACUUGUCCGACCUUUGUGUACAAUGGGAGCGAUUUUUGGAGACGGUAGUGGGAGCAGGGGUCAACUUCCGGUGCAGCGGAGAGCUGAUCUUCAGUGGAUGCCUGAGAGAGCGUGGGCUGUUCGAUCCAGGAUGGAAGGUACCCGCGGAUGUUUUUCGAGACAUGAAAAACCUUCUCAAGACCAAGAUUACAUUCAACGAGUCUGGGUGA